AUGACGACCUUCUUCAUCUGGAACCACGGAAGGGAAACUCUACCUCAUUUCCUCACUUUCAUUAACUCCCAACAUCCCAACAUCCAAUUCACAAUGGAGACCGAACAGAAUUCCCAAAUCCCCUUCCUGGAUGUCCUGGUCCGUAGGAACGAAGACGGCACCCUAAGCCACAACGUCUACCGCAAACCAACACACACGGACCGAUACCUCCACGCAAACUCCCACCAUCACCCCGCCCAAAAGAAUUCGGUAAUCAGCUCUCUAGUCCACAGAGCACUCUCCAUCUCGGAACCAGCCGCCCUGAACGGAGAGCUAAACCACCUUCACCGAACCCUGACCAGGAACGGAUACAGCAACAGAAACAUCAACCGUACCAUCAAGAAGCUGACCAACAAGGAAUCCGGCCAGAACAACAACACGACGCCAGAGACAGAGAAAGAGAAGAUUAAGACAGUAGUACUCCCAUACGUCAGAGGCACCACGGACCGCAUCAGCAGAAUUCUGAGCAAACACAACAUCAAAGCGAUCUUCAAACCUUGCAACAAGCUCUCACAAAUGCUCCCCAAUCCCAAGGACCGGAGACCCCCUUUGACAGCUCCAGGGGUUUAG